ACUCUCCAGCAGGCAGGUAAGGGACUGGGGUCACCCGGUUGGCUAGGAAGGGGACGGUGACGUGCACAAGGUGGUGGCGGACACCUGGGCUUGCCCGAGUGCAGGGCGGGCGCUAGGACCCUGGUGGCGCACCUGUUGGCUGGCACCGCGCCCCGCCCGCCCUGCGCUGGGAGCAUCGGGCUGCGGAACGCCGGGCCAGAGCGCACGCCGAGGACGCGGACGCGCGUGGCUGCGGGUCGGAGGAGUGGGGUUGCGGCUCACCAUGGCCGAGCUGCUGCGGAGCCUGCGGGAUUCACAGCUCGUGGCGCGCUUCCAGCACCGCUGCGGGCUCUUCCCGGCGCGGGAGGCCUCUGGAAAGGAGCAUGUUGUGAAGAAUUAUUUCUACUAUUACCUGUUCCGGUUUUCAGCCGCUUUGGGUCAGGAAGUAUUCUACAUCACGUUUCUCCCGUUCACCCACUGGAAUAUUGACCCUAAUUUGUCCAGAAGAUUGGUCUUGAUAUGGGUUUUGGUGAUGUAUAUUGGCCAGGUGGCCAAGGACAUCCUGAAGUGGCCCCGGCCCUCCUCGCCUCCCGUUGUGAGACUUGAGAAGAGAAUUAUUGCAGAGUACGGAAUGCCAUCCACCCAUGCCAUGGCGGCCACCGCCAUCUCCUUCACUCUCCUCAUCUCUACCAUGGACCGGUAUCAGUACCCUUUCAUUUUAGGCCUGACGAUGGCUGUGGUGUUCUCUACGCUGGUGUGUCUCAGCAGACUCUACACGGGGAUGCACACGGUCCUGGACGUCCUGGGUGGAGUUCUGAUCACUGCAGUUCUCAUUGCUCUGACCUACCCUGCCUGGAGCCUCAUCGACUCCCUGGACUCUGCCAGCCCCCUCUUCCCUGUGUGUGUCAUAGUUGUGCCAUUCCUCUUGUGCUACAACUACCCUGUGUCUGACUACUACAGCCCGACCAGGGCAGACACCACCACCAUCGUAGCUGCCGGGGCUGGAGUGACCCUGGGAUUCUGGAUCAACCACUUCUUCCAGCUGUCCAAGCCCACCCCAUCUCUUCCUGUGGUUCAGAACAUCCCACCCCUUACCACUGACAUGCUUGUUUUAGGUCUGACCAAAUUUAUGGUGGGGCUCAUGUUGAUCCUCUUGGUUCGCCAACUGGUGCAAAAGCUUUCGCUGCAAGUAUUAUUCUCAUGGUUCAAGGUGGUUACUAGGAACAAGGAGGCCAGGCGGAGACUAGAGAUUGAAGUCCCUUACAAGUUUGUCACCUACACAUCUGUUGGCAUCUGUGCCACAACCUUUGUGCCAAUGUUGCACAGGUUUUUGGGAUUGCUCUGAGCCCAAGACAGUUAGGAACUAGUCCGCUAAUUCGAGAUGCAAAAUGGAGAACGCUGUUGAUUCAGGCAAUCUCAAUGCCUCCUGUUUAAGAAAACCCUAAGUCAUAGUUUUGUUUUGCUGAUGUUAACAUAGAUACGGCUGCUGUGGCAGCAGCCGUGGGAUUCAUCUGUAAAGACACCAGGCUCAAACCAUAGCUGAGGUCUGCAAGACCACCCCUCCUCUUUCUGUUACAUGGACUUGGGACAGUCUUGGGUGGACAGGAAUUAUGGCCUGGCUUGGAAUGGCUACAAGCCCCACCAAGCUCCAGAGAGCCAGUAGACUUGAGGUUAUAUGAAGGCAGGAUAGUUCUUUUUGGUUACAACCUUGCCUGAUGCAAGUCUCAAUCCCUAAACUGGAGUUUGGUCUGGGAGUAAGGGUGGCACCAUGGAAAAUCUCAACUCCUUGGACAGAAUGGCUUCUUGUGCUGUCAUGAGACUGGACUGUGUCUGAGUGGGUGGCGAGACCAUUCUAAAAUAAAGUUUCCUGUGAGGAGACUGAAGACAGUAGCAGAGCCAUGAGGUCACCGGAAGGGCUUGCUUUAUUUACCAGCUCAUCUCCUCCAGGAACUGUUAGUGAAGCAAGAUGCUGAUCUUCCUUGCAUACAGUUCGCAGCAUCCAGGGAUUCAGUUUCUACACUCGUGUAAGCAACACACAGCAGGCUGCCAGCUCCUCACAGGUGGAAAUGAGGACACACCGUGACUCCUGCCCUCGCCUGCCUCGCCUUCAGCACCUUCAGUUGUUUGAGCUUCCACAGAAGCCUAGAAGGCACUGAAUCUGCACCAGGGUGGAUGAGCUUUGUCCUCUGGAAGCCCUGACACUGCCUCAUCCCUAUGACUUUACCGUUUGUCACUGCUCGGCUACUUUGUAUAAAUGUCUUCAGUUAUUCACCCUCAGCAGAAUCUGGGACUCCCUCUCAGGCUUCCCACCCCUUCUUACCUCUUUCUUGGCAGUUUUAAGAUUUUUCAGUUAAGAACUUUAAGAUGUUUAGACCUGAAGAAUUUUAGCGCAAGAAAAACUGCAGUCUAUUUGGAGAGAAUAAGCCAGUUGACUGUAGCACCUGUUAGACCUAGAGUGGUCCUCCUUAGCUCCUUGGAGCUAAGAAGGCAUGCACGACACCCACAGCAGAGACCUCCUUCCCUGCACUCAGCACUUCGGAAUAAGGAUCAGGUGUAAUGACACCCUGAAGGGUCCAUGUAAAUGGUAGUUGUUGAUCUUUUGAGGGAUGGUGUCAGUAAGCCAGUGUUUCACUAUACACACGAACUGGACAAAUCACCCCCUACCCCCAAAAAGAGCUACUAAGGCUCCAACUUUUGCAUUCAAUGUGAACACCAAAGCCAACAUUUUCUCUGAUUUUGAGUAUGUCCCAUGGCCUAUGGUUGGAAUGAUGUUCUUUGGUGCUGAAUGUAGUGUUUUAAUUCCUGAAGAACAAUUCUUGGACUGGGCAUGGUUUUAAUCAUAGAAUUGGAGGCAGAUGGAUCUCUGAGUUCGCGGCCAGUCUGGUUUACAGAGUGAGUUCCAGGACAGCCAGGGCUACACAGAGAAACCCUGUCUUGAAAAACAAACAAAAAAGAAUAAUUCUUAACAAAAUGCCCAUUUUUAACCUAACAAUUCUUCUCUUCUUCAUCAUAGCUAUGAACAGGAAUGCAGUGCCCAGCACUUGCCUGGCUUUGCUGGCAGUAUUUCAGCUCCGUGGCUGGGGAGCCCCAAGCCCUGGUUUACAGGUGUGCUUACCUCGGCCAGCCUCCAGGUGUGCAUGGCUGUCUCUGUUGUUUGUCCCCCAACCUCCAAGCUACCAAACUAGAGCUUGUAAUGUGGGCUUAUAUCCACAGAGGUGAUUUUAGUUGGUUUGUCUAAAGCCUAAAGACAAAAGGCUCAGCUUCUUCCACGUGCAUCUGCAAAAGAAGGGCUGUAUGUAUUGUCAGUGGUGGGUGUGGUGAAUAGGAAGUUUAAGGCCCAACAACAGGGAAGUUGACAACUGAGUGAAUGCAUUCGAGGCUGUGUUUACAUAAUUUAGAUGGAGGAUGAAUAUAUUAGCCACACAACAUUAAACAGUGGCCUAAGAAUUUGUCAUGACCGGUCACUCUUGGAUGGACUUGAUAAAAGAAAAGGGGGGGAUAAAGUAUUUACUGUGGAUGCCAAGGUUAGUUUGGAUCCCUACAGUAUUUUAAAUGCUAUGGCUUUGGUGAGCCUUCUCAAUUCACCAAAUUCACUUCUUACAGAGCAGCACUGUCAUCCUAGUAAAUUCUCUCUUGGGUCUCUUCAAAACACUUUGUCAGUUUCUCUCUGGAGAGAGAGUGCCCCCUGCUGGCUUAGCUUGUCUUAGUCCAAAGGCCCUCAUGCACUGGGCUGGCCUGGCCUACCAGGACACCAAAGGUUUAAGCUUCCUCUGGGAAUCAGGAAGCAUGACACAUCCUUUUCCCAUCCUGCUACUACUCUGGGCCACGUCAUCAAUCUAGAACCGGCUUUACAAGCAGCUGUCCAUUUUGGGUCACUUUUGCUCAGACCUAUACCAUAUGCUGGAAAAAGACACAGGCAAGACCCUUAACCUAAUACCUUUCAUGGUAGCCUCUAAAACCACUUGACACUGUGCCUGGUAACUUGGGUUUUCUUGCCGAAAUACACAACUCAUCUUCCCGGAUCAUCACAGCAUGUGGUAUUUAAGACCACAUGUUUCAGGUUUCUAUUUUGAAAGCCUUCAACUGUCUUGCU